AUGGAAACCGUAUGCUCACCGGUCCGUAUUGCCGGGCAAUGUCAAGACAGGGCCAUCAUCUUGGACGAGGCGCGCCCGACGCCGACGCCGACGCCGACGCCGUCAGGGGUACCGUGCAAUUAUGGGGCCGGUUUACGGGAUCGGGUUGAAAAUCGUGACAAGAGCCCCGAACGAGUUCUGGUACUCUGUCACCGAGAGGAGGGGACCAGUUUACUUAGCGGCUUCGAACUCAAGUUAUUCCUCACGGACUCUUCGGGGUUCGGCUGUUCCGUCUUGCCUCGUUCUCGCAACGUUCCAGAAGCUCUAUCCCUGAAGCUCAGACUCGAAUCGAGACGCAACUCCCAAUGA